AUGACAUCGGUUGAGGAGAAAGUUGCAGACUUAAAUGUCCAAGAAGGUUCAUCAGAACAGAAAAUUACUCCAUGGGAAGUUGAAGGUGCAGUUGUGGAUGGAAAAUCUCAGGGUAUAGAUUAUGAUAAAUUGAUAAAUCAAUUUGGAACGAAGGGAAUAACACAAGAAACUUUGGAGAAAUUCAAACAAGUUACAGGUCAUGAACCACACCCAUUUUUGAAAAGAGGAGUUUUUUUUUCAGAAAGAGAUUUGCAUAAAAUAUUAGAUUUAUACGAACAUGGUGAACCAUUUUUUUUAUAUACCGGUAGAGGACCAUCAUCCGAUUCAAUGCAUUUAGGACAUAUGGUACCAUUUAUAUUCACGAAAUGGCUACAAGAAGUGUUCGAUGUUCCUUUGGUCAUUGAAUUAACUGACGAUGAGAAAUUUUUAUUUAAACCAAAACUAACAAUAGAUGAUGUUAAGAAAUUCGCAACUGAAAAUGCCAAAGAUAUUGUAGCAGUUGGGUUUAAUCCCGAAAACACCUUCAUUUUCUCAGAUUUGCAAUAUAUGGGAGGAGCAUUUUACGAGAAUGUGGUAAGAACAUCCAGACAAAUCACAACUUCAACAGCCAAAGCCGUAUUUGGAUUCAACGAUUCUGACUGUAUUGGAAAAAUUCAUUUCGCAAGUAUACAAAUAGCUACUGCCUUUCCUUCUUCUUUCCCCGAUGUAUUAAACUUACCACCAAAAACUCCAUGUCUUAUACCAUGUGCUAUUGAUCAAGAUCCAUAUUUCAGAGUUUGUAGAGAUGUUGCAGAUAAAUUAAAAUUUUCAAAACCAGCUUUAAUUCAUGCCAAAUUUUUCCCAGCUUUACAAGGUGCAACAACCAAAAUGUCUGCUUCUGACACAACAACAUCAAUCUUUAUGGGAGAUACUCCAAAACAAAUACAGAAAAAAAUCAAUAAAUAUGCAUUUUCUGGUGGUCAAGCUUUAGCUGAAGAUCAUAGAAAAUAUGGAGGUAACCCUGAUUUAGAUGUUGCCUAUCAAUAUUUAUCAUUUUUCAGUUAUGACGACGAAAAACUAGAAAAAUUAGCUGACGGUUAUAAAAAGGGAGAAAUCUUAUCAGGUGAAAUGAAAAAGGAAUGUAUCGAGGUCUUGCAAGAAUUUGUAGCUGCGUACCAAGAAAGAAGAGGCAAAGUAGAUGACGAUAUCGUUGACAAAUUCAUGAAACCACAUAAGUUAGUAUAUGGACAAAAGGAAAGAAAAGUGCAAGCCAAAGAAAGACAGAAGAAGAAAUAA